AUGGGUAUGGCAUACUUGGUUGGGGCCCCAGAUGUGCCGAGGUUUUUGAAAGCUAUAGAGCGGCAUCCUUUCGUCACGAGUAGAAUCGGCGACAACCCAGAAGUCAAUGUGUACAUGAGAGGGGCGAUAUGCUGGAUGCGAAACCGAACACAGUUACCCAAGCUUCGUGCUGGAUUCGAUCGAAUAUUCAUAUACCUCGCAUUGGCAGAUGAGAUCGGUCCAGAAAAUGGCAUGCUUAGACUGGUGCCUGGAUCCCAUGAGCUGAAGGGGGAUGUCGUGGGGAUGCGGUCGGAAAUUGACAUUCGUUUAUCACCUGGCCAAGCGUUGAUUAUCGAUGGAAACUUGGUGAUUCGCUAUCCACAGAAUGGGGGUGGUAUCUGUAUAAUGGCAGUAUACUGGAAGACAAGGGCCUAA